UACCCGGUACCUGAGGAGCGCCGGAGCUUCGGUAACGCCGCCACCGGUGCUUUGGUCCCGGACAGCGGCCGAUGCCGGUGGAGCGGCGGGUCGGCGAGACGGCGUCGCUGGACGUCGGUAUGGACAAGCCGGCGAGUCCGACCGGGGCGAACGAGAGGAGUACCGCGGCGCCGACCGUGGUCCACCGCAGACACAUGCCGAUGCAGCCGCUGAUGGUCCCCAUCCCGAAGAAAGACAAAGAGAAGAGAGCUCUGUUCCAGUAUGUAGCCACAGAAUCCAGGGAGUAUGAGGACAUGUUGAACAUCCUGACCUCUAGCUACAUAGACGCAGGCUCUGCAGGCUGCUUCACCUACUCCAACCCACAACUGGUGUACAGUGAAGUGCAGGAGAAAGAGUUUGUAGAGAAGAAGAAGGAGAUGAAGACGGCGGGUAGAACAGACAAGGAGUUGGAAGAGAGCUACUACUUUCUAUUGACUGACUCUGUUAAGCUGCAGUUGAUCUGUGAGAAGGGCCUGACGGUGGGUCACAGCUGGAUCACAGCGUUGGGUAACCCUAAGAAAGGAGUGUAUUUGUCUAAAUACUCGGACAUCCUUCAGGUUAACACUUUGACUCCUGGAGCUGCAGGAGAGAUCCUCAUCUUCAAAGUGAUGAAGGGGAAAGUAAAGGGCAUUUAUGAGAACAUGACAAAGAAUCUUCUAGAUCCAACACCGUGCUUUGACAGUCACCUCUCCAAAAACAUCAGCAAGGUCACCUCAACCACCUCCUACAAAGCCUUUGAGCUCACACAGCAAUACUUCUAUGAGUAUUUGUUUGACCAGCUGCGGACACGGCCUCGCCAGGUGUGUCCCUACGCCAUCGUCUCCUUCCUAUUUAAAGGAAAGGAUGUUCAGCUUCCCAGCAAAACCCUCCCCCCUCUCAGAUUGAACAGCCAAUCAGCAGAGGGAAGCAAACAGCGUAAUCAGUUCACGGUGUGGAGUGGAGAUCUUGUGAAAGGAGACAGACUUCUGUUCCAGGCCUCUCUGCACUCCUUCUCUCCUCCCAUCCUGCCUUGUAGACUACCAGAGCAGCUUGACAUUGGUUGUCAGAUGAAUCUGGAUGAGGUGACCAGGCACAUUCCCUCCACCCUGUUCUCCUGGAGUCUUUACGAAGACCGCCAUGAAGUUGUGAGAAAUGGCAGGUACUGCAGCCUUCUGGAGGUGAUUGACAGGAGCCGGAUUGGGACCAGUGUGACCAGGUUACUUCAGGAGCUGGAGACCAGGAGAGUGGUUCUGGUGACCUCACUGGCUGACCGAGGCUUCCUUUUCCUGCUGUCCAGCACCCAGAUGACCACGGCCAACGAUAGAGGGGAGGGCUGGAAGAGAUGUCUCCAGGCUCUGUUCGUCUUCCCUGAGACCAAAGACAUGACCAAAUCCAUGUCCAGAUGCAUCCCCUCUACCCAUGAUGCACCUGGUUCUGGCAGCCUGGGGAUGCCGUGGCUGAACUGUUUUCUCCCUGCGCUGCAUCACGCCCUGGUCAAAGCCUCGGCCAAUCCCCCCACUGAGUUGUCUGCCAGGGUGGAACACCAGGCCCAGGAGUACCUCAGCGGACAGAGAGACAGCAAGUUGUGCCUCUACCCCAUGGGUGAGUACGACUCCAAACUGGAUGACGGAGGGAAUCUGUUCCCUGCUUCCAAACACCACAAGCUGAACAUGGAGGGCUACCUGCAUUCCUACCUGUACAACCCCACCUUCUACCUGCUCACCUUGGCCAGGGCCAAACAGAUGGUGGAGCUCCUAUCUGGCCCCAAGAGUAAGAGAGACAUGGAGGAGAAGAGGCUCGGGGAGAGCAGCAGGGAGCUGGGGGAGAAGAGUAGGCGGCCAGCCAGUGGUGAGGGAGUGGUGCAGAGCCAGAUGAACCCUCAGCAGGUACAGCAGAUGGUUGACUCAGUACCGACCUGUAAGAAGAAGGCGGAGAUAGAUGUGAGGAGACAGACGAAGGAGACGCAGGAGGAGGGAGUAGAGCAGAUGUUACAGGGGAGGAAGAGGAAGCUGGAGCAGGAGAUGUCAGAAAAGACUCUGAAGUUCCUGAGGAAGGCCUCACUGCAAGCAGAAGGCCAUAAUCCGGCUGCCUUGGGAACCUCCAGUCAGCGCCUGCCUGAGGAGCAGGGGGAGGGGCAAAGGGACUCCUGGCCAUUUGAUUGGCUGGCUCUCAAGCUUGGCCUGCCAACCAAGUGUGACCUUGACCUACGCAAACGGGAGGAGCUGAAGGAGCGGACGAUUGGUCGUGUCAGCAGCUUGAAGGGGUUACGUCCCAGCUCCCACAACGAGGAGUCUGCCCCCAGAAGAGGAGGAGGUUUUGGGAGGAGAGGAGAAGAGGAAGAUGAUGAGAUCCCAUGGGUCCUCAUACCUAUUACAGGUCUGCCGUCAGAGAGGUACAGCCACAUAGAGAUUGAUAACCCCAGGGAUCCCCGCUGCCGACAUGUCGCCAUGGCAACACGCACCACUGCGAAGUCUAGCCAGAGAGAGAUGGAUAACCCCAGGGAUCCCCGCCGCCGACGUGUCGCCACAGCAACAUGCACCACAGCGAAGUCUAGCCACAGAGAGAUGGAUAACCCCAGGGAUCCCCGCCACGUCGCCACAGCAACAUGUACCACUGCGAAGUCUAGCCACAGAGAGAUGGAUAACCCCAGAGAUCCCCGCCGCUGCCGUGUCGCCACGGCAAUGCACGCUGCUGCAACCAUGUGCCGGCCCAAGAAACACCCCUCCCUGUCACUCAGGCCUAAUGAGCACCACAGCUCCACUAAGAAGCACCGAUCUUCCAUGGCCCCCUCGAAGUCCACAGGCGUAACAGACGAGGGAUCUCAACACAAAGAAGAGGAGAGGAGGAACCAGGAGGCGACACCCUCACCCCUGUCCCCGACUCCACAGCCUGUUGAGGAGAUGCUGGAAGAGGAGUCAAAAGAGGGAAUGGAAGAGGUGAAGGAGAGAGGAGUAGAAUUGGUGGAGGAGAGAGAGGAGGUGGGGAUGCAGGUAUUGGACCGGGUAGAAGUGAAAAAGGAGGCGAUAGAAGUGAUAGAGAUACUAGAUGACUCCCCCCCUCAUUCUCCUCACGCUUCGUUCAGAGACAUUGACAGGAUCUUGCAGCAGCACCUGGGCGACUUCUCCUCUGAGGUUCAGCACGUCCUGCAGGGGGAGAGUAUACACUACAGCGCCGAGGGCACGGACACACUGCCCCCGAAGCCGCCAACGCCAUUUUCCCAUUACAUGUCUACGUCCAGCCCCUUCCAGUCGGUCCAGGGCAACGUCAACUUUCUAAGGCACAGCAUCGGUGACAUACUGCUGGACUCCAAGUACGUCGAGCUUUGCCAGCAGAUGGACGCUGACGCCACACUGUCCAGCAGGAUCAGUGAUUUUGUGGCUGGUAUCAGAGCAGCUAACGCCAGCGGUGACAGCUAGCGGUGGCGCAUUGGUCAGUCGGAACACUUGGCUGCCCAUAAGAGGGGAGCUCUGGCGUCACCACACCACCGGCCAACAAUUUUCAGAUGACCCAACUGUCUCACACACACCCUCCAAAAGCCAUCUGUCUGUCUCUACCUCCGCAUCUGUCUGUCCCUCUCUAUAUGACCCUGUCUCAUAGCAGUUAGUGGAAAGUCCUUUUGUCUGAUCUGACCACCCAAUUACCGGCACCACCACCUCCCCUCACCCCCCCCCCCUCCCCCAUGUUGUGGAAGGGCACUUCGGUGAUGUCCAGAAUCAACAGCAACACACUAUCAAACAAAGACCGGGGGAAGGCUGUGACUCUAAUCAGUUAAGCAAAACUCAAACGGCGUCCCUCAGAAAGGAAACGUUGAGCUUUAAUGCAUCCAUAAUUGCCCAUGAGCCGUGGCGUGCCGAGAGUAGGCACACUUCCCUCCAACUGCUCAAUACCGCAGGUGCCGUUGUCAAGGCGCCCUCCUCUCCCAUUCCACCAACAAAGGUGACAAAGUCCAU